CAUGGGUUAAAAUGAGCAAGUGCAUCAAGAAACAUACACAUCCUUCAAGGUUUCAUUAAGGAGCAUCAACAUCCUUUUACAAAGAAAGAGCGUGGAAAAGAAACAUUCUUGUGCAUAAAGUCAAAUUAAAGAAAUGAAAUUGUCAUUGAUCUUAACGUCAACAUUAUUGAUGUUGACUUAUGUCAAAGCAAACUCGCAAGAGGAAGCAAAUGAUGAUAUCUAUGAAACAUGCCAAACAAGUCAAUAUGGAACGUACAAAGUUGCUCUUCGAUUCUGUGACAGAGGAUAUUGGCGCACAACUGGUCAACAGAAAACUCAUAGUGGUCAUCUAAAAACUUCUCAUGGUUGUGUGAAAACCUCUAAUAGUACCAAAAAUGGUAUUUUCACAAAAUUAGCUACUUUUAAUGGAACAUCUUGCAAAGAUAUCUUAACAAAAUAUCCAUCGGCAAACUCUGGAGCCUAUUGGAUCAACGUCACCGAUCACCAGCCGAUUAAAGUAUAUUGCGAAAUGGAGACACAAGGAGGAGGCUGGACCUUAGUUUAUAGUUACACUUUCACACACUAUCAAGGAUUUGGAUUAACACGGAAUGCCGUAACGCCUCGACCUAACUGGCCGGCAAGUGGUGCUACGGUUCCAGUAUCAACGACUCCACCACUAAAUGAUUCGUUAUAUGGAGCUGUAGAUUGGAAUCUUUGGAGGGAGAUUGGAAACGAGUUUAUGGUGACGUCAAAUAUUAAUGAUUGGAUUGUUUGUCAACCUAAAACUGGAAGUUUGGUAACAAAAAAAGAUGGGGAUAUAUCAUGUCAAAAUAUCAAGAAUGUCGCUCAAGCUUGUAAAAAUAAAAGUCCUUCUUCCAUCACAUGGUAUUCUGUUGGACCCGGCAUAAGAGACAAUAGUUUUUAUUAUUUAUUUGAAGGCAGCACUAAUCCUGGAUGGUGGCCAACACACGAUCCAUGUGGUAAAGAUCAAAAGAAUCAAAAGAAAGGUGUUCAUAAUCCAAGAGGGAACAUUUUUAUUCGCUGAAUGCACUAAACAAGAAAUAACACCAUUACUUAAAUUUCCUAUUUUCUAUUUUUAUUGGUUAUGGUACAAAUUUUGAAAUAUAUAUCACUUCAAUUAAAAGAAGGUGCAAUAAAUGAUAAUUAAUUUCCAGCAUA